CGGUACGCCAACCGCAGCGACGCGGACGCCGACGAUACCUACUUCGAUUCGUACUCGAACCUGGGCAUCCACCGCGAGAUGCUCGGCGACGCCGCGCGAACCGGCGCUUACCUGGACGCCAUCGAGGCGCACAGGCCGCAGAUCGAGGGUAAGGUGGUGUUGGAUGUCGGGUGCGGCACCGGCAUACUGUCCAUGUUCGCGGCGAGGUGCGGCGCCAGGAAGGUGUACGCCGUGGACGCGUCCGGGAUCACUCGGCACACCCGGCGGCUGGUGAAGGACAACGGGUUCGACGGAAUCAUCGAGGUCAUCACGGGGAAGAUGGAGGACGUGGACAUCCCGGAAAAGGUGGACGUCAUAAUAAGCGAGUGGAUGGGGUACGCGCUGCUCUUCGAGAGCAUGCUGCCGUCCGUGGUGGAGGCGCGGGAUCGGUUCUUGGCGCCGGGCGGUUUGGUCCUGCCCAACAAAGCCGCCGUGAAGGUGGCGCUGUUGUCGGACGAGGACAGAUGGGACGACGCGGUCACGUUCUGGGUCACGUUCUGGGAGGACGUCUACGGCCUGGACUUCAGCUCGCUGAUACCCCAGGCCAACCGCGACUGGCACGCGGAUCGGGAUCUCCUCGUCCAGACCGUCCCCGCGGCAAAGCUCGCGUCCGCGCCGGUGGACGCCGUGGAACCCAUCGAUUGCACGACGACGCCGCUGGACGACCUGUACGAACCCAUCGCCGGGGACGUCCGCAUGGUGGCGACGAGAACGUGCGACGUGCACGGCCUGGUGCUGUGGUUCGACGUGGACUUUUACGGCAAGGUGAAGCUUUCCACCGGCCCCGACGCGGCGGCGACGCACUGGUACCAGACGGUGCUCAUGUUCGACGAGCCGGUGGCGAUGGCGGCGGGCGACGCUCUGUGCGGGACGAUCGAGCUGGAGCCGGGGAGCAACCCCGGGGAGAGGCGGACGCUCAACGUGUACUUCAACUACGGCGUCGUGGAGGGCGGGAAGGAGGAGGAGGAGUUGGUGGAGCCCGACGACCGGGAACGGUUCCAACGGUGGACGGUGCAGUGA